AUGUCCACCUCCGGGAACCCAAGAAAGACAUCCGACAACACGAAUUAUACCGUGAUGAUGCCUCCGACGCCGGACAACCAACCGGGAGCCGGUAAUAAUGUGAACGCGAGCGGGGACAAGCCGGACGGGCCGGUUUCGAGGUUCCGCGGGGAGCAGCGGAUGAGGAACGGCGGUGCCGAGGAGGGGGGCGGCGGGGGAGGGAGCGGGAAGGGGACGGCGGGGGUGAAUAAGAGCAAUAACAAGUCGAUGUUGAUGAGGGCCCAAACGGGGGACUUUGAUCACAACCGUUGGCUGUUUGAAUCCAAAGGGAAAUAUGGGAUUGGGAAUGCGUAUUGGCAAGAUGAGGAUUCGUAUGAUCAUGAUACCGGGAUGUCCAUGUCGGAUUUCAUGGAUAAGCCAUGGAAACCGAUUACCCGGAAAGUGCAGAUUUCCGGCGGAAUCAUUAGCCCCUACAGAGUACUCAUAGCGAUCCGGUUGGUAGCUCUGUUUCUCUUUCUAACAUGGCGGAUUCAGAAUCCGAAUCGUGAUGCGAUGUGGUUAUGGGCGAUAUCUAUCGUCUGCGAAUUAUGGUUUGCGUUUUCAUGGAUUCUUGAUAUAUUUCCGAAGGUGAAUCCGAUAGACCGGACAGCCGAUUUGAAUGCCCUGAAGGAAAAGUUCGAAACGGUAUCUCCGACCAACCCAAAUGGUCGCUCCGACCUCCCGGGGAUGGACAUUUUCAUUUCCACGGCGGACCCGGAGAAAGAGCCGCCGCUUGUCACCGCCAACACUAUCCUUUCCAUCAUGGCCUGUCAAUACCCCGUGGAGAAACUCUUCGUUUACAUCUCCGACGACGGCGGCGCCAUCCUUACGUUCGAGGCCAUGGCGGAGGCGGUGGAGUUCGCCAAGGUUUGGGUGCCUUUCUGCCGAAAGCACAAUAUUGAACCCCGGAAUCCGGACAGUUACUUCGCCCAGAAAAGCGAUCCCACCAGACACAAGAAGCGCCAUGAUUUCGUCAAGGAUCGGCGGUGGAUCAAGCGAGAGUACGACGAGUUCAAGGUGCGGAUCAACGGCUUGCCGGAGGUGAUCAAGAAACGGUGCGCCAUGCACAACAGGAAGGAAGAAAUGAAGGAAAAGGCGGCGGUGAAGGAGAAGAACGGCGGCGUAAUUCCUCCCGGCGAGACCAUUGAAUACGAAAAGGCUACAUGGAUGGCGGAUUCCACACACUGGCCAGGGACAUGGUUUGAUCCAAUAGCCGAUCACAAAAAGGGAGAUCACGCCGGAAUUUUACAGAUAAUGAGCAAGAUCCCGGAGUACGAUCCUGUAAUGGGGGAAGCCGAUGAGAAGAAGCUAGACUUCACCGGCAUAGACAUCCGGCUUCCGAUGUUCGCCUACGUUUCGCGAGAGAAACGCCCCGGCUACGACCAUAACAAGAAGGCGGGCGCCAUGAACGCGUUGGUGAGAGCUUCUGCUAUUCUUUCCAAUGGCCCAUUCAUUCUCAACCUGGAUUGCGACCAUUACGUAUACAACUCCAUGGCGCUUCGCGAGGGGAUAUGCUACAUGAUGGAUCGCGGUGGCGAUCGCAUCUGCUACCUCCAAUUCCCGCAGAGAUUCGAAGGAAUUGAUCCGUCGGAUAGAUACGCGAAUCACAACACGGUGUUUUUCGACGGGAAUAUGAGAGCACUGGACGGGCUGCAAGGUCCGGUGUACGUGGGGACGGGGUGUAUGUUCCGGCGGUACGCACUGUAUGGGUUUAACCCGCCGCGACCGAGAGAGUAUUGGGGGAUUUUUGGACAGAAUAAGAAGAAAUGGGGUGAGAAAGACGACGAUUCUGAGCCCCUAACUGACCAUCCCGACUUGGCAUUGCCGGAGAAGUUUGGAAAUUCCACCAUGUUCAAUGAAUCAAUCGCGGUUGCUGAGUUUCAAGGACGGCCGCUUGCCGAUCACGUCUCCGUCAAGAACGGCCGCCCUCCUGGGGCGUUGCUUGCUCCUCGAACUCCCCUUGAUGCGCCAACUGUAGCUGAGGCCAUCGCGGUUGUGUCUUGUUGGUUCGAGGACAAAACUGAAUGGGGAGACAGAGUAGGGUGGAUUUACGGAUCAGUGACGGAGGAUGUGGUGACAGGUUACCGGAUGCACAACCGCGGCUGGCGAUCUAUAUACUGCAUCACCAAGCGGGACGCUUUUCGCGGCACUGCUCCGAUCAAUCUCACCGACCGUCUGCAUCAAGUCCUCCGGUGGGCAACGGGCUCCGUGGAGAUCUUCUUCUCCCGAAACAACCCCGCUCUAGCCAGCCGCCGCCUCAAGUUCCUCCAGCGAAUCGCCUACUUCAACGUCGGCGUCUACCCCUUCACCUCCAUCUUCCUCGUCGUCUACUGCUUCAUCCCCGCCAUGUGCAACUUCACCGGCCAGUUCAUCGUCCAGACCUUAGACGCCGAGUUCCUUUGCUAUCUCCUCAUCAUCACCGUCACGCUCAUGCUCAUCUCCCUCCUGGAAGUCAAGUGGGCGCGCAUCGGCCUGGAGGAGCUCUGGAGAAACGAGCAGUUCUGGCUCAUCGGCGGCACCAGCGCCCACCUGGCGGCGGUGCUGCAAGGCCUGCUGAAAGUCAUAGCCGGGAUCGAGAUCUCAUUCACGCUCACCUCCAAAUCUGCGGCGGAGGAUGAAGACGACAUAUACGCUGACCUUUACGUGGUGAAAUGGACCAGUCUUUUCAUCAUGCCAUUAACCAUCCUGGUGGUGAACAUCUUCGCGCUGGUGAUUGGGUGUUCCAGGCAGAUCUACAGCGUGAUUCCGCAGUGGAAUAAGCUGUUUGGCGGCGCGUUCUUCAGCUUCUGGGUGCUGGCUCAUCUCUAUCCUUUUGCUAAAGGGCUGAUGGGGAGAAAAGGGAAAGUUCCCACCAUUGUUUAUGUCUGGACUGGGCUGCUUUCCAUCACAACUUCUCUGCUAUGGAUUUCUGUCAAUCCUCCUCAGGACCCUCGUGCCGCCGCUUCCAACGAGGAUUAAUGUCACAACCAACUCAUUUCCAACAACUCAUUCUUCUCAUCUUCACAUUACCU